UAGUAGUAUAGUAGUGUUAUUUUUAUGUAGAGCCUUGCGAAGAAAAAAAUGAGGCUUUUCUCUCUUAGCCUCGGAGGGUCAAAAGAUAACAGAAAAAGGAAAGACCAAAGGGAAGACUCAAAAAAUGAAUAAAGCGCGCCACCUUUAAUAGGAUACAUACUUUCCCUCCUUGCUUUGCAGCAAGCAACUGGAAAACGAAUAGACCAUGGCGACUAGCAGCAGCGCCGCCACCUCCUCUAUGGAUUUUGAAUCUUUACCUGUCAGGAUGCGAAAAGAUCACAUUGUCGACAAAGUUAAGAUGAACAGGGUUACCCUCAUUGUAGCUGACACUGGUUCAGGUAAAAGCUCUCAAGUUCCUCAGAUCCUUUUAGAGGAAGGUUAUGAGCCAAUCUUAUGUACCCAACCAAGGCGAUUAGCUGUGGUUGCCAUAUCCAAGAUGGUUGCUGAGUUACGUGGAUGUGAACUUGGAGAGGAAGUUGGCUGCCAAAUUGGUCAGCUUAAGGUCAUUACAAACAGGUCGAAAAUUAUUUUCAAAACUGCUGGUGUCUUCUUGGAGGAACUAAGAGGUGAAGGGUUAGCUGGAAUUUUAAGAUACAAGGUGGUGGUUCUUGAUGAAGUUCAUGAAAGAUCUGUUGAAUCUGACCUCCUUCUGACAUGUAUAAAGCAAUUUAUGCUGAGAAACAAUAAGAUCAGGUUAGUUCUAAUGUCGGCAACUGCAGAUAUAACAAGAUAUAGGGAUUACUUCAGGAAUCUUGGCAAAGAUGAAAGAGUAGAAGUGAUUGCACUUCCAAAUUCAAUAAUGCAGCGCACCCCCUUUCAGUUCAAAGUGAUGUAUCUCGAACAGGUAGUUGAACUUCUUGGAAGGAAUCCUGAGCAUCUGUCAGUAUUGGAAUCAUUUCAAGAUGGUUGUCAUGAAGUUGACAUGACAGAUGGUACACAAUACCUGAUCCGAGAUUUGGUGAUGCAUAUUCAUAACCAAGAUCAAGACAUAAAAAAUAGUAUCUUGAUUUUCCUUCCAACAUAUCGGACCCUGGAGCAGCAAUGGCUGUUUUUGAAAUGUACCGGGGUCUCCCUGAAGAUCCAUGUUCUGCAUAGCAGCAUUGAUAUUGAAGAAGCUACUAGAGCUAUGCAAAUUUGCGAUUCUUAUAGAAAGGUAAUACUUGCAACAAAUAUUGCUGAAUCUUCUGUGACCAUUCCGGGGUUGCGUUAUGUUAUUGACUCAUGCCGAUCUUUAGAAAUAUUCUGGAAUAGGAGCAUCAAAAAAGAUGUAUCAAGGCUGGUUUGGGUUUCAAAGUCUCAGGCAGAUCAACGCAAAGGAAGAACAGGUCGUACUUGUGAUGGGGAAGUCUUUAGAUUGGUUUCACGUUUGGUAUAUGAUAGGUUUGAUAAAUAUGAAACACCUGCAAUGCAAAAACUAUCACUGAGAAAGCAGGUUAUUAUGAUCAACUGUGCUGAAUCAAAAGCAAUAAAUGACCCGAAAGUCCUAUUUCAAAAAGCACUUGAUCCACCUCCUCAAGAAACUGUUGAAGAUGCCACAGAUACGUUGGUUUCAAUAGGUGCUCUUAAGGUAUCAUCUGAUCACAGGCAAAAGGUUGAACCAACACUAUAUGGUCGUUUGCUUGGAAGUCUACCACUUUCCUUGGAGGCUUCAAUGCUUGUCGUUAAGUUUGGCCAAUGUGGGUUUCUUAGAGAAGGUGCUGUGAUUGGUUCAUUGAUGGAUUCACGACCAAUGCCUAUAGUGCAACCAUUUGGAGAGAAAUCGUUGUUUAAUAGCUAUGUGGAGUGCUAUUAUAAGGACGAAAGUGGAUCUUCUGGUACCACACAAAAUGAAACCAUAUUAACAGCAAAUCUCUGUGCAGUUCAGUUUUGGCAGCGCGUUUUCAAAGACAAGCAUCGAUUGGAACGGCUGAAGGAAGUGGCUGGGAAUCGAAAUUCUACAAGAAAGGCACAUGGUUUUGCUUCACUUACUUCUAAGCUGGAGCAAGAAUGGUCUUCAUUCCACCAUCUGGUGCAAUCAGCAUUACAUUCUGCUGCUGAAACAUAUGAAGUUGUGAUGGGAAUAAUGCAUCGCUUCAGACCCAACUUCCUCUACCUUUUGAAUGGACCUCCUGAUUACUACAACGAAUAUGAGUUCCAACAUACAUGUAUCUUAGCUCCUGGCAAAAUAGAAGGAAACCUGAGUACAUUUUCUGUUGACCCUGAGACGGCUGGUGAUAUGUGCAUAGAUGUCUGUGUUGCAGAACCAUAUGUUGAUUCGGAAUAUUUUAGUUCUCAUCAAGUGCGAGAUGAGCUUACGACACUUAUUAAAGAGAUAAGAGCCCAGUGUACACAACCAAAUUCUGCCAAUACUGAAGAAGCUUAUGGCUGCCAACCGACAUCUGCUACUCCAGUCUGCAAAUUCUUUGUUAAGGGAAUGUGUAAUAGGGGAGAUAACUGUUUGUUUUCACAUUCCUAUUAUGCCAAACCAGAAAUAUGCAAAAAGUAUUUGACCUUAGAGGGUUGCCGCUAUGGAGAUGCAUGCUGGUUUUCUCAUGAUGUUCAGGCGUCAGAAGUUCCAGAAUAUAGGGAGCAUGUUGAGUUCGAAGAUGAAAUACCUUCUGCAACAUCACUUUUGAACCUGUUGCCUGAAACUGGAGAAGAUAAUCAGAAGUACAUCCUUGUAUUUGGGGAGUCCCCGUUUUGCUUUGCAUUAAGUCUUGCAUUGCACUAUGAUCCAAGUAAAAUUGUUGUCAUUACAAUGGACUCCAAAUUGGAAGCCAUUAAAAAUUCUCUCAUGUGUACACAAACAAAUGAGUUGUAUGACAUGGGAGCUCAAAUCAUAUGGGAUAUUCAUCCUUUUCAGUUUAUAAAAGAUGCUAGCAUACCUUGGAGUGAACUGAAAUGUAUUUUAUGGACAUUGACACAUUUUGGCAAGGACACAGAAUUGGAAACACAGAUAAACCUUCUGAAAUCAUUCUUUGAGUUUUUGGCCAUUAAACUUCUUGCACAGGUUCUCUGCAAUGUUCAGGUAAUUUUGACAAUGGAGAACAGCAAAUAUGCACAAUUUCAGGUUGAACGAAUGGCAAGAGAUUCCUUCUUUUUCCUUGCAUCAUCAAUUGCAUUUGAUAAUUCAUCUUUUGCUUGUUUCCCCACAAACAAAGAGAAGGAGAAGGAUGUACCACCUGCGAAACCAAUUUCAUACAUUUUUGAGUUACACCCACCCAGUGAUAUAUUAUUUGGUGAUUACUUCUCGUCCCUUGAGAAAGCAAUCAAAAUGUAAAGUUCAUGUUGGAUAACUGUGGGGCUAUUUAUCUCGUUUUACUAUUGUUGAAAAAAAUGCCGUGUGGCAUAGAUAUAUUAUUUGGCUGAAUUAAUCUGAAAUUUUGCCAGCUUGAAGUAUGAAAUGCAGCAUCGUCAUGUUUUGAUUACUCUAGAUAUCUCAAAGUCUGUGAUAUAGUAGCUCUUGUAAAUAAUUGAUUAGUUGUCUAAGCAUCUGAUCAAGGUAUGUUGUUAAGCACUUGUUACAAUAGUUGAGUGUCAUUCAUGCUACCAGGCAAGCAAUGCCAGAACUUGGCUCUUCCUGCAUUUUCUAAAAUGCUUAUAUAUCUUAGUAUUGCUGAUGCAACUGUGUUUUACAUUUAGGAUACACUUCAUAACUUAUAAUCAUGAAUAUUGCUAUAAUGAACAUAGUCUGGGAUGGAUGUUUUCACUUCUAAUUCUA